GUUUUCUUUACGGAUGCAUCUCUUUCUGACACACGAAAUGAUUCACGGUCUUUAUCAGUUAACAAAACUGACAGAAGCCUUGAUACAAUUAUGAGUUAUUUAUCUAUGAGGUUCAGCAAUUAAAGGGUUUAAAUACAUCAUGGAGUGCAUGUUCUGUAAGCGAACAGGUGAGAGGACCUUUAACCUCUAUUCUCAAUAUGGGAACGCUCCUAAUAGCAUUAGAGAUGAUAUGGUCGAACUUUUUGGACUUGAGAUCGAAUCUUAUUUGGACGAAAUGGAAGAUUAUGUAUGUAAUGUAUGCAUGAAUAUGCUGGACAACAUUACAAAGAUGAGACGCUAUAUGAUGAAUAUCAUCAGAUCUCCACGAGAGUACAAGUACGCGAUGAAAUUCGGAAGGUUCUGGGACGCAUUCGCAUCAUACAAAUUCAAUGAAUGUGAUUUUGACGCUGAAUUAAUUACCCCUAGCAGGACACCGACUCCACUUCUCAAGUCUAGGACUCCUAAAUCAUCCAGUUUAGUUACCCACAGAGUUUCUAGGGAGUAUGAUGACCCGCUAGACGAAGCUGUUGGCAAAAGCGAACAGCACAGAAGUGAAAGUCGGUCAAGUUCAAGAAGCUGUGAAAGAUCCGACGAUGAGGUAAAGAAAUAUUUUGUGAACACAAAGAAAAAGAAAUUGAGAGGUCAUAACUGGUCAAGGAGAAGCCGUAGAAGGGACGGGUUAUCGUCCUCAGGUUCUACUCACCGGACUCCGAGCCACACCCCAAAGUCCCGACAAAUAAGAAGUGCACAAAGUGCAGGCAAGGACUGGACCCCAAAGCCAAUAAUCCUUGAAUAUGAUAUAAACGGAGAGUUAUUAAGAAAAAGAACCCGGUCCGUCAAUCAUUUGGAGAAAUUACAAGAGGAAAGGAAGUACCGAGAAAGCAGCAAAGUAUAUCAAUGUGAGGAUGACAGCGAUUGUUCUGUUUAUAUGGAGGAUCUAAAAUUGUUUACUGACCAUAGGAUUUCUGAACAUGGAAAAUUGGCAUUGUACCCUUGUUUGGAAUGCUCAGCAACCUACACUACCCCUUCUCAUUUAAGAAUUCACGAAAAAUGUCAUGAUUUGACACCCCGUUUAUGUUUGAUGUGUGGCUCCUUAAUUGAUAAUUUCGUGGACCUACAGAAGCACCUGGACGAGCACUUGGAGUAUUCAACUCCAUGUGCUUAUUGCGAUUUUUCUUUUACAAGUAAAUUAAUUUUAGAAAAGCAUGUCCAAACGUCCCACUUAGGUAAGAAGCACAGAAUUUAUCGCCGACCAAAACCUUGCAUAUUAGAGAAGAUCGAUAGUGGUAUCGCAAUAAAUGACGAAGGUCUGUCGGACAAUGAAGAGAAAAACUAUGAGGGUAGGAUCUAUAUUUUGGCAUUAAAAAAACAGCAUUCUGUAAGUAUGAAGAAGGUUGCAAGAAACUCAGAGAUGGAAAUUGUUGGUGAUGUUAGUGAAAGACUAAGUGAUGUACUGGAUUUAGUGGAAAAAAACAGUGCGGAAGAUUUAAACAAAUGCAACAACCCCAUGUUAAAUGAUUACUGUCCAGAAAGUGAUGGGAAUGACGUAGAUCAGAACUUUGAGAACAACAUGCAACCAGAAGUUAUUUCAGAUGACUCAACCAGUGAAAUUAGCUAAAAAAAAAUUGACAUAUAAAAGUUGUGUGUGCCGCCUCAUUUACAAGGUAGGCUGUAAAAAGGGCUGAUUGAUUUUCCCGUACAAGAUGUUGUUUAUUGUUUAAAACUCUGAAAUUUAAAGUUAUAAUAAUUUUUCCACGAUUAUAAGAAGCAAACAUCCUUUAAUGAGGUUAAAAUCUGAACAUUGUACAUAAUUUUAUUCGACAUCUAUAACUUUAUUAUAGCCAAUUUGAUUUAUAAAUAAAUAUU